CUCGGCCUUGUAAAGAAAAUCCCACACUCGGCUCUCUCUGUUAUUUGGUGUGUGGAAGCAUAUGGAUUCCACAGAGGUGGAAAUUCCUUCGUAUUUCUCGUGCCCCAUAUCCAUGCAACUCAUGACAGAUCCUGUCACGCUCUGCACCGGUGCGACCUACGACAGGCAGAGCGUUGAGAAGUGGAUGUUUACACUGGGGAACAACACCUGCCCUCUCACAAAGCAACCCCUUCACAACAUUGAGCUCACACCCAACCACACGCUGCGACGCCUCAUCCAACACUGGUGCGUCCUCAACUCCUCCUCUGGCGUCCAACGGAUCUCCACUCCCCGGCCACCACUCGAUGCAGAUCGCCUCAAUAAAUUACUCCUAGACAUGGCAUCAUUUCAAGUGAAGGCGUUGAAGAAGCUGAGAUCUUUGGCUGGUGAGAGCGAGAGCAACAGGCGAUUAAUCGCUUCCUCUGCCGCACCGGCUGCCCUAAUCUCUGUUAUUGAAAGUCAUUCCACAGAGAACGAUGAAGUGGGUUGCUGUUACGAUGCUGCAGUCGCCUGCGAGGAAGCAUUGGGAAUUCUUUAUUCUCUUCCUUUGCUGGAUGAGACGCUUGAUUCGAUCGCCACAGGCAAGUGUCUUGCCUCCCUGGCCUCCGUUCUCAAGAGAGGCACCUCCAACGCACGAUUUCAUGCCGCCAUGCUGUUGCAGACGCUAACAAGGAAAGGCCUGGAGCGGCUUGUUAUGAACGCCAACGGUGAGUUAAUAGAAGGGCUGCUGGAGCUGUUGACUGAAGAGGUGUGCCACCAGGCUACAGUAGCUGCCCUUGAAAUGCUCACAGCCAUCACUUCCAACAGCCAGCACAGCAGAAUAAACGCUAUCGAGGCAGGGGCGGUGUCUGUGUUGAUCGAAUCUCUUCCUGAUCAGACUCCCGAGAAAAAAUGCAACUGUGAGAGGAUGUUAUGUCUUCUCAACGUGUUGUGCGGAUGUGCAGAAGGAAGGGCCGCCGUGGCCGACCACGCCAUGGGCAUUCCUGCAGUCUCUAAGAAAAUAAUGAGAGUCUCCGACUUGGCAACGGAAAAAGCCUUUCGGAUUCUCUGGUUGCUUUGUAAAUUAUCUCUUUCGAAGCGAGUAGUUGAUGAAAUGUUGCAGACUGGUGUAGUCACCAAACUGUGCUUGCUCCUGCACAGCGAAUGCACGGUGAAGACCAAACGUAAGGUAAAUGAGAUGUUCAAAUUGCAUCGUACAUACUGGAAGAGCGCAUCCUGCUUUCCCUCCUUAAAUUUUCAGGAAUAAGUAAGACACGGCAUGAAUUCAAUAUGGAAACUAUUUUAAUCAUAUAUCUCGUAUGACUCGUCUUCAGCUAUGCAAGAAAAAUGCACUGAGCAGAGGCUCCUUUGAUCAUAUACUCAGCGCUCCCUCAGUGUUAACAAUGAUGAAACAUCCAUAAAUGUAAAACCACUAUGAUGGUAAUAUAACGUAAUGCCUAUUCUUGAAACUAACUGAAUAAUCGUGCGAGGCAAAAAGCUUCAAAUCCAGCGGAUGAUGAGAUGAGAUCAAUGCGGAUUCUAAAUUAGCAUUUGGCUAAAGUCUGCACUAAUUUGAUUACAACUUCCUUUUCCCUUACGAAAUGCAAAGGACCAAUGCAGCAGUUCACCUAUUUUUGCAUACCGUUGGAGAAUUAUUAGGGUAAACUGGCUCUUUGAUUUUCAACCUUUUCAUAAUUAUUAAA